AUGAGGGAUCAGUCCUCGUCGCCUGCGAACCAGACACACUCCCCGAGACGCUCGAUCCGGCCACAACCGUCUUAUACCAAGACCAGGGGUCACUACAUUGUCGAGAAGGAGUUCAAGGACAAGAAUCGGUCUGCUCGAGGGACAAGGAGGGAUUCAUCCACCGGCAACCAGAGCGAGGACAGGAACCAGAUCCUUCCGGCCAUCACCAUGUCGGACAAAGCAGACCGGGUAUAUGAGCACGCGGAGAAGAGCGGAGGACUGACGAGACGCCAGAGGCUGAGGAGGCAUUGCGCAAGAUGGUGGUGGGCACAUCUUCUGGUAUUUAUUGCCAUCGUUGUGCUGGUGGUAUGCCUGAUUAUCUUCGUUGCCGUCCCCAGGAUCGCCCAGCAGCGAGUCGACGGCGCAGACCUUACCAUCCAGGGCAUCAUACUGUCGCAGGCUCAGUCCGAGAACUUCACCAUGGCCAUUAACAGCACUUUGAGAGCCGACGACAGCAUUCACGCCGUGAUCGACCCCUUCGAGGGAGUCAUGUACCUCGAGGACUGGGAGCCGCAGACGCCCUUCGCGCGGCUGCAGUUCCCACAGACGACGUCAGCUUCACAGUCAGCCGUCAAUUUGACGCAAUUUGUUGACAUCCUCGACAUGAACGCCUUCACUGUCUUCAACACCUGGGUCCUCGUCAAUGAGACCCUGCGCGUCAGCGUCGAGGGUGAUACUCACCUCAAGGUCAAUGGCAUCUCGCGCAAGUACCCUGUCCACUUCAAGAAAGUCGUCGAGCUGAAGGGGCUCAACAACUUCAACGGCACCACCGUACCCGAGUCCCGCGUCCAGCUGACCCCUGACGAGAACGGCGACAACUUCUUCGGAACCGUGGCCAUUCCAAAUGUCUCACUUCUAACCUUUGAUAUUGGCAACACAACCUUUAUCAAUUAUCUCCAAGGCCAGGACAUUGGGCGCGUAUUUGUGGACAACAUGGUGGUGCGCCCGGGCAUCAACAACUUCACUAUGCACGCCAACAUCUCGCAGACGCCCAUCCUGCAGGUGAUCCAGCAGCGGCCCUUCUGUGAGGAUGGCGUUCUUCCCAUGCAGCUGCGGGGCGACAAUGUUGUCAAUAACGGCCAGUACCUAAGCUACUACAGAGACUCGCUGGCCUCGACCAACCAGAGCGUAGACAUCGACGUUGGCGCCGACCUUGAGGAGCUAGGCUUGACCAUCAACUGCUCCAAUACGAAGAGAGCGAAACUUCCGUUUGUAUCGUGA